CGCCGCUGCAGCCGCUGCCCGCGGCCUCGCCGGGCAGGAUGAAUGUGAUAGACCACGUGCGAGACAUGGCGGCCGCUGGACUGCACUCUAACGUGCGGCUCCUCAGCAGCUUGUUACUUACAAUGAGUAAUAACAACCCGGGGUAUAUUUUCUUUGUUUUCUAGUGAGUUAUUCUCCCCAUCUCAGAAGUACCAGCUUUUGGUGUAUCAUGCAGAUUCUCUCUUUCAUGAUAAGGAAUAUCGGAAUGCUGUGAGUAAGUAUACCAUGGCAUUACAGCAGAAGAAAGCCCUGAGUAAAACUUCAAAAGUGAGACCUUCAACUGGUAAUUCUGCAUCUACUCCACAAAGUCAGUGUCUUCCAUCUGAAAUUGAAGUGAAAUACAAAAUGGCUGAAUGUUACACAAUGCUAAAACAAGAUAAAGAUGCCAUUGCUAUACUUGAUGGGAUCCCUUCAAGACAAAGGACUCCCAAAGGAGUUAACUGGCUUCUCAGUCUGUGUAAAGGACAAGGAAAUAAACAUGAUGCUGGCAAACCUGUACAAGAAGGCUGGUCAGGAGCGCCCUUCAGUCACCAGUUAUAAGGAAGUGCUGAGGCAGUGCCCAUUAGCCCUCGAUGCCAUACUAGGUUUGCUUUCCCUUUCUGUAAAAGGCGCAGAGGUGGCAUCGAUGACAAUGAACGUGAUCCAGACUGUGCCUAACUUGGAUUGGCUCUCUGUGUGGAUCAAAGCAUAUGCUUUUGUGCAUACUGGUGACAACUCGAGAGCAAUCAAUACCAUCUGUUCACUAGAGAAAAAGUCCUUAUUGCGUGAUAACGUGGACCUGCUGGGAAGCUUAGCAGAUCUGUACUUCAGAGCUGGAGACAAUAAAAACUCUGUCCUCAAGUUUGAACAGGCGCAGAUGUUGGAUCCUUAUUUGAUAAAAGGAAUGGAUGUAUAUGGCUACCUCCUGGCAAGAGAAGGGCGACUAGAGGACGUGGAGAACCUUGGCUGCCGCCUUUUCAAUAUUUCUGAUCAGCAUGCAGAGCCCUGGGUGGUCUCUGGGUGUCAUAGCUUUUAUAGCAAACGCUACUCUCGGGCCCUCUAUUUAGGGGCAAAGGCCAUUCAGCUGAACAGUAAUAGUGUUCAAGCUUUGCUACUUAAGGGAGCAGCACUUAGAAACAUGGGCAGAGUCCAAGAAGCAAUAAUCCACUUUCGGGAGGCUAUACGGCUUGCACCUUGUCGCUUAGAUUGUUACGAAGGUCUCAUUGAAUGUUACUUGGCUUCCAACAGCAUUCGCGAAGCAAUGGUAAUGGCUAACAACGUUUACAAAACUCUGGGAGCAAAUGCACAGACCCUUACCCUUUUAGCCACUGUUUGUCUUGAAGACCCAGUAACACAGGAGAAAGCCAAAACUUUAUUAGAUAAAGCCCUGACCCAAAGGCCGGAUUACAUUAAGGCUGUGGUGAAAAAAGCAGAACUACUUAGCAGAGAACAGAAAUAUGAAGAUGGAAUUGCUUUGCUGAGGAACGCACUAGCUAAUCAGAGUGACUGUGUCCUGCAUCGGAUCCUAGGAGAUUUCCUUGUAGCUGUCAAUGAGUAUCAGGAGGCAAUGGACCAAUAUAGUAUAGCACUAAGUUUGGACCCCAAUGACCAGAAGUCUCUAGAGGGGAUGCAGAAGAUGGAGAAGGAGGAGAGUCCCACGGAUGCCACUCAGGAGGAGGAUGUGGACGACAUGGAAGGGAGUGGGGAAGAAGGGGACCUGGAGGGCAGCGACAGUGAGGCGGCCCAGUGGGCUGACCAGGAGCAGUGGUUCGGCAUGCAGUGAGGCAGGCGGCAGCUCUCUGGCCACACUGGCCUGCCCUGCUCUGAGCACUUCCGUGGACUGAAGGAGCCCGGAGGAGCCCGCUCUCUGGGAGGACAAUGAUUCCGCAUGUAAUUGCAGCAGGGGUUUCUACCCCUUGCUCCAUAUUUCUAGUAGUGAAUUCAUUUUUAAAAACUGAGCCUGACCGACCUUCCAUAUAUCUCUGUCCUCCCCUGCUCCAGUCAGGGAGGAUCGAGGGAGCUCUCUGGGAGGCCUGCAGAUGUGCCAGGGCUUCUGGGACAGAGUGCUUUUUAUAUAACUAAUUUCUAAAUCUGAAAGCUUGAGGAAUAGACAGAGUUUUGUCUGUGACAUUGUGGGUGAGUUAUAAGAGUGACCUAUCACCCAGAGCAAGAGUGUCCUUCCCCAUGUCAGACAGCAGCAUGGGCUGGCGCUUUCGGAGAGGGUUUCCUGUUCCGGAAAUCAUCAUCCUGAGCUGUCCAAACUUCCCCAGUAACCUUGCUUCCUUCUGCAAUGUUAGUAAUGCCUUAAGCUGACAGUUGCUAUUUUGCAGAACAAUUUUCCUAUUUGCUAAUCUGGUAACUUGCCUAUGAGCCUGGGCCGGAUCUGAGAAAGGGGUGUGACCUAGAGCAUGAACAGAGGCACACCUGGGGUAAUUAACUAAUAAAACUGUUUUUUGUACAGUAA